CCUUCCCCCCCCCCUCUCCCAUACUUAAUACUGCAACGAUCACUCUCGCUUCAGUCUCUCAUUCUUCUCGGAACUGCAUACUACCCAUCAUGCCCGCCAGGCCCGACGAGUUUCUCUUCCCCGCCAGUGACAUUCCCGCCUCGGUCAAGGCCGCUCUCGGUGACGACCUUGAGCUCCGCCCCCUCGCAAUCUCCGACCAUGCGCGUGGUCACUUCGAGCUCCUCACCGUCCUGACGGCCGCUCCGAACAUUGGCAAGGAUGCCUACAUUGAUCGCUUCGAGUACUUGAGGUCCUGCCCCAACACAUACUACACUGUGGUCAUUGUUCACAAGGCAACCGACCAGCUGGUUGCUGUCGGUACUGUCUUCGUCGAGCGCAAGUUCACCCGCUCCGGUGGCCUUGUUGCUCAUAUCGAGGACAUCGCGGUUUCCAAGAAGAUGCAGGGUCGUAAGCUCGGCCUUCUGAUCAUCAAGACGCUCGAGGAGCUUGGUCGCCAGGCUGGCUGCUACAAGGUCAUUCUCGACUGCAGCAAGGAGAAUAUCGCAUUCUACGAGAAGUGCGGGCGAGUAUCUUGGAAUCUGGAAUUCAAGCACAAGGAGUACGAGAUGGUCAUGUACCUCGACAGCCCGCCCGCGCUCGCCGCGGCCACCCCUGCCCCCCGCCUCUAAGGCGCCACCGUCUGACACAGUCAACGCGGACCCACGAACAUUAUCCACGAACAAUUCAUGUCGCAUAGAAUCUAGCAUGGACACUGCAUUCCUAGUAUG